GUUUUAUUGAAAAUAUAAGAACAUAUCGUAGAGUGAAGGUAGAGUGAAGAGCAACGAACCCUAACUGAUCGAGUGAAGAGUUAGAAUUUUCAGCCUUCUUUGCUAGAUUUGCCGCGAUUGUCGAGAUCGAGUGCCUCCAUCGUCGUCGAUCCUCUGCGAAGAACGACACAACCACCCGUCAACGGUCAAGCAUCUUCAUCCUUGUCGCGCGAUGGCUGCUAUUGACUUCGAAGAAAGCCGCAACAGUUCAAUCCGUGGUCGAUAGCUUGCCUUCUACGAAGUACGACUGUGAAAUUGUCAUCUCUAUUCCGUCAAUCAAUAUAUAGUUUGCUUCACCCCCUAGGUCAGGAGUCAAUUCCAAGACAGUUCCAGUAUCAAUCGAGGGUAGCACCGGUUGCAUUACCAAAGACCAUCACAUCUCAAUUGUCUGUGAAGCAAACCUAAGGAUGAAGUCAGCUUCAAAAAAUCACAAGAAAGACACAAGAGAUGUAGAGACAGAAGAUGAUAUGGAUGACUUGAACGAGAAACCAAUUAGGCGACAGAAAACAAAGAAGAAAAUGUUGCUUCAGAAAUGCACUGAUAAGAAAGUGGUGGUCAAAGUGAAUGAGUUUGGUGUUCUUGCUGGUAAGGGCUGGACUGAAUUGGUCAGUUACAUUGGGGUGUUGGUGAGAGAUUAUGUGUCAAUAAUGUUUGAUGAUUGGAGAGCAGUUCCAGAGGAAGUCACCGACGGCAUUUGGGGGAAUAUUCUGAAUUUGUUUGACUUGCCUCCGAAUUCAAGGAAACAUGUCUACAGUGCAAUGGGAGUUGCGCUAAAAAAUUUCAGAAGCACGCUUCGCACGAAGUUCAUCUGGAAGUUCAAGAAUAAUCGCGAGAAGUUACGCUCUCCUCCAGAAAAGUAUAAGCAGAUCACUACUGAUGAAUGGAGAAUGUUUGUUAAAAAGACAUUCAAAGAAGAAUUUCAGGCGAAAAGUAAAAAAAGGAGAGAGAACCGGAAGAAGAAUAUAUAUAACCACCGACUGGGAUCCACAGGUUAUGCGGGGUUAAUUGAGAAGAAGAAAAAAGAACUUGGAAGUAAUGCGAUAGUCAUCGAUCGAUCAGACACGUGGCUGUGGGGAAGGGAAAAAAAGGGAGGCGGAUAUGACGAUAGUGUGAUUGAAGUGGCUAAUGAAAUCAAGGAGCUGAAGAACAAAGUUGCUGAAGGGACAUUUACGCCAGUUGAAGACAAAGAUGUUCUUGCAGUUGCUCUUCAGAAAAAACCCAAUGGUAGUAGAAUACAGGGUGUAGGGCACUUCAUAACCCCAACAAUGUACUUCCACAGGCCAAGUGUUGCGAUAACUGAGAAGGAGAAAGAAAAGAAAAUAUGUGAUAAAAGAUACAAAAUGAUGUUGGACAAGUUUGAUGAAAUGAAAACUUGUAUGUCGAAUGGUUUUAGUGAAAUUGGCAGUUGUAGUAUUGCCAAUAAGUCUAAAAAGAGAAAGGUAUAUACACACAUUUAGUACAUUCGUCCAUAUCCUAUUACAAGUACAGUUAAAGCUAAUGUAUUUGGUUAUUUUUCAUUCCAAGUCCGGUGGAGAGGUGGAUCAGCCCAUUUGUACUCCUAGGAGAUCUCCUAGACUGAAGUCAAAGCAGAAUAAUGAGGACGAACAACUUGAGGAAGGGAAUGAAGGAAACAGAGAUAGUACUACGGCGAUGAGGAAAUCAAGGAAAUCAAACUCUACUCCUCGGAAAAGGCUGUUUGAAACUGUUCCUAAAAUAUCGCCGCGGCGUGUAAGAACAGAGACUUCACCGGACAUGUCUGACGAGGAGGAUAUGGAUGAAGAUAAACAGCAGCCUCAGCACAAGGUUAAAAGUUCCCGUAGAGAGAAAGGGAAAAAGGCUAGAAAAUCCCUUUCAAAGUAUCAAAGUUCUAAGGAGAAUAUGGAUGAAGGUAAAGAGCAGCCUCUCCCAAGGGUUCAAAGUUUCGAAAGACAGGAUGACGAAAAUGAUAGAGAGCCUCUAUCAAAGUUUCAAAGUUUAAAGGAGAAUAUGGAUGAAGGUAAAGAGCAGCCUCUCCCAAGGGUUCAAAGUUUCGAAAGACUGGAUGACGAAAAUGAUAGAGAGCCUCUAUCAAAGUUUCAAAGUUUAAAGGAGGAUAUGAAUGAAUAUGAAGAGCAACCUCUGGUAGGGGUUCAAAGUUUCCAAACAGAGGAGAGCAAAUAUGAUAGAAAACCUCUUGCAAGGUUUCACAGUUCAAAGGAGGAUAUGAUGAGUGAAGAUGAAGAGCAGCCUCAGAAGAAGAUGAAGAUAACAACAAAGCCUGACAAUGAAGUGAUCGAGGAUAAUCCUGAAGAUCUGGAGAGGUGUGGUGUGGUGGUUGUCAAAGAGAAGAGAGCAAAAAUGAAAGCAAAACCCCCACUAAAUAUGCAAAGAAGGACAAGGGCGGUUGCCGAAAAGAAAAGAAGUCCAAGUGCUAACUUGCAAAUGUUUUCCAUUUUAGUUGAGAACUGUCUUGGUGAUGAGUGCACAAUCAGCCAUGGUGCGGAAAUAUUUGGGUUCGAAACUAAAUCUGUGUUUAACAAGGAUGUUUGCCGGUUAGUCAUCAACUUUGAGGAGGUUUCAAACUCCAUAAUUGAGAUUUGGUCGAGGUACUUGCACGAGCAGAUGAUAAAUGAAGGAGGGGAGAUCCUUGUUCAGUUUGGUACAUCUUCAGCGGUACGAAAACCGAAGAAGCAAACCGUGCAAUCUGUAACAAAGAGGUCGCAGUAUAUAGCCGAUCUCUUAGGCGUUGCAUUGCUCGGACAGAUCACAUUAAUCCCCUAUAAUACUGGAAAUCAUUGGGUCUUGACUGCAAUUGACAUGGCUAGGCAAACAGUAUAUUACUUGGACUCUAUAGGAGGAUCUCCAGUAGAAGAUUUGGAAAGCAUAGUGAAUCAAGGAGUGAGGAUUCAUCAUGCCUCAACUUCUAAGAAUAGGAUGAAUCUGAAAUGGGUGCGAGUCAUGUGCCCGAAGCAAGCAGGAGGAAUGGAAUGUGGUUAUUUUGUUAUGAAAUAUAUGAAAGACAUUGCGUCCGAUGUCAAACUCUUGGAACAAAAUUUCUCUGAAAUUAAGGAGUACAGUGACAAUGAUAUUUUGGGAAUACGUGAAGAGUGGGCUACAUAUGCAGCUACUUUGAUAACAAUGUUGAUGAAUGAGGCUGCUAGGAAGACUUGAUCAUGUGAAGCUGACUGGGCGAUAUGUACUUAUGAACUGUUAUUGGCGUUGUAUGUACGAUGUGUAGGAUGCUCACUUUUUGGACAAAACUAUGUAGUUGCUUAGAAUUCUAUUAACCAGUACUUACUUUUUGGAAAAUCACUUUUGUGUUGGAACUUGCUGGAAUUUUUGUCAUGUUUUGUCCAGCAUACCUAGAACGCAAAGUUCAACAACAAUGUAGCUUGGAGUUUGACAUGAAUAUUCUGCUUUAAA